CAGUACGAGGCGCCUCGCGGACGUUCGCUCGUCGCACUUCCGAGCGUCGCGUAAAAAACAUCGAUCUUUGCUCCGAAAAAUGUUUCGCGCUCGCAUAUUUGAGUAUCAGUAGUACUUUUUUAAUUGUAAAAAUAUAUCAUAUUGACGUUCUUAAGUAUAAAUUACUUUUUAUAACAUUUAGAAUUUAACCAAUUUUUUUCUCGUACUAAUUGAUGUUUUUUGUCUUAAAAAUAAAUGUAGACUAGUCAAUUGUGGAUAGGGACUUAAUAAAACUAUUAAAACAGUGACGAUGGAAUAGUUAUAAGUUAGAGAGACGAUAAUGGUGUAAUGAAAACAAGACUGGCAGCAAGAUGAAGAAUGUUAUGUUUUAAAACAUUCAUUCAAGUUGGAUAAUUGUGAUUAGUAAUGUUUUGAGCGGUGUUUCCUGUUCGUCGACGGAAGCCACGUCCAAAUUAGAAGCGCACACAUUCCAAGCCCGCAACGAAACGGCAGAUAUUGACCUCGCGGCCUGGACCCGAAAUUCUAAAUACAGUCAUCGAGCGGACCGGCGCUGAUAUGACGACACUUCCUGAGCAGCUGUGACCCGAUAGCUUGGACAAAAUGCGUUAUCAACGCACACAUUACUGCAGUCUAUUGACAGAACGCAUCAAGUUCUCGGGUACUUGCAGUUAUCAGUUGCGGACGAGGCCCGCGCGCGUACCCACCUAAACUAUGGAGAAGGAUACUCGUGCCGCUGAUAGGGAAUUAUGUGUAUGGUGUGGUUAAGAUGGGUGAUCUGCUGCCUAGUAUACCGAAGAGUACGUUCGCGAGUGACGUGGAUCGGAACGUGAGCUUGGGGUUUGAGGAGUACUCAACAGACGAGGAGCUGGCGGCGGUGCAGUUGUUCAAGGACUACCCCGAUGGGCUGUUACGGUUUGCGUCCGUCUGCUGCGUGCUGUUCAUGCUGGUCGGCAUCCCGGGCAACCUAAUCACCAUCGUCGCUUUAGCGCGCUGCAAGAAGGUGCGGAAUGCAACAGCGGUGUUCAUAAUGAAUCUGUCAUGUUCGGAUCUGCUGUUCUGCUGCUUCAACCUGCCCCUGGCCGCGUCCACGUUCUGGAGGCGGUCGUGGGCGCAUGGGCGCACGCUCUGCCGGAUGUUCCCGCUCGCCAGAUACGCACUGGUCGCUGUAUCACUCUUCACUGUCCUGGCCAUCACUAUUAAUAGAUACGUCAUGAUCUCACAUCCUAGAGUAUACCCCAAGCUAUACAAGCGGCAAUAUUUGGCUGUUAUGGUGGCCAGUACGUGGAUAUUCUCUUUCGGAGCUCUAAUAGCAACAUUCCUAGAGAAAUGGGGCCGUUUCGGCUUAGAUCCGACAAUCGGCUCUUGCUCCAUACUACCAGACCAAAACAAUAGAUCCCCGAAGGAAUUUCUGUUUGUGGGAGCAUUCAUGCUACCUUGUUUAGCCAUAGUUAUAUGCUACGCUCGGAUAUUUUGCAUCGUGAGGGAAGCGGCGAAAAAGUCUCGAGCACCAGCGAAAGGUAGAGCUCGAACUGGACAUGAAGAUUCAGCGGUAGGAUCCGCGUCGACAGCCCUAGAACGCUCCCCUGGUCCUGAGAACGGGAAUGCUCAUGUCGCUCCGCCGAAGAGAGCAUUGCUCGCGCCUCCCGCGCUGCACUACCCUCCAACUCCCGGCCCGGAGCGAUCGUCCUCCUCUGGAGUAGACACGCUAGAUGGGCACGAUGAAGAAUCAGCUCUUGACGCAAAACCCCGCACACCGAGCGGCGGGGAGACAGCCAAACGACUGCGACAAGCCGCCGUUGUGCUACGACGCUCCCCAGCAUCCAUAAAACCCCCUCGCCUCACGCACAAGGACAGGAAACUACUAAAAAUGAUAAUGGCAAUAAUGCUCUCUUUUUGGGUGUGUUAUCUACCCAUAACACUGACGAAGAUAUUUCGAGAGUUCACAUCGCAUCCGGUGGCAAACAUCGCGGGGUACUUGCUGAUAUAUUUGACAACGUGUAUCAACCCGAUUAUUUAUGUGGUGAUGUCAAGCGAGUACCGGCAGGCGUACAAGAACCUGCUGAUGUGUCGUCGCUGGGCGUGACGUCCAUCCGGCGAUGGUGCCUCUGAGAAGCGCCCGCCGUGACUAAUAGUGACCGGCUGAUCAUCAGCCAACAUGUGGGCGAAUCCCACCUUCAUAUAGACUUUUGACAAUUCAAUUAUAAUACUCAUAUUUAUAUGUCUGAGCUUUGUUCGACAACCGCGUGGUUUUUCACUGACCGCAUAAUUACUUGGUCUACCUGUGAUCUUCGCACACAGCUCAUACAAAAUUGUAGGUGUAAGUUGUCUACAAAAUAAUUUAUGUGUUAUAGAAUAAGGUUAGGUACAUUAUAAGUUUGUAAAUUGGUUAGAAUUGCGAGCCGUCCGUGAUCGUGCUAAAGGGUAGGGGAGAAUGUUAUGAGACGUAAGUUUCCUACGUUAGUUGGAUGUAAGACGAACUUUGUAAAUAUUUGUAACUAAGGAACAUACUCAUUGCAGUGUUGGUAUUUAUCGUAAGUAAUUAAUAAUUAUCCUUGAAUAUUGAUUGAUACUCUGUGGUAACGCGUAGUGGAUUAAGUAAGGCGUCUUAUAUAAAAGUAAAGCCAUAUUUUAAUUUCUACUUAUAAAACAAUUUAUGUGGGUUCCGGAAAAUCUUAAAUGGAGUAGUUUAAGUUGUGGUUCGCAAUCUAGAUUAUUAUAAACAAACAAUAACCAGGCGUGCUAGUUUAUUAAACUCUUCAAAGCAACUAUAGAAAACAUUCCACCUUAACAUCAAUUGUAAUAGUAGUUAUUUAGAUGAAUUUUAAACGUUCAAUAUUAUAAAGGCUGCGUUAUAGAUAUUAUUUAUGUUUCGUCAUUUCGUUGGCGUGCAUCGUAAAUAUUUACUGUUAUCUCUACAUGUUCGAUAUUUAAAUUUUUAAAAUAAGAGAUUGGAACAAUAACGAUGGAAAGCAAUAUAAUGUUAGUAAAAUAAAGUGUCUGCAAUUUAAAAUGUAUGUCGUUAUCAGUUUUGGUUUACCCAUGCGGUAGACAGGACUUGAUUCAUUAGGGGAAGUUGUUUGAAAUAUUAUGUAGUUAUGAUGUCAAUGGCUCAGUUGUAAGGUAAUUGUCUGAAACGACGGUUAGGGUUUUGUUAUUAGAAUUAAAAAUAAAGUGAUUGAAAAUAUUGCCAUGGAAGUGAAUGAAAGUAAAGUAUUAUACACUGAUGAGAAGUUGGCUGCCUUACAUCUUUUCGAGGCCUAUCCGAGCUGCCUUAUGGAUUUCGCCGCCUACACCUGCAUACUGUUCAUGUUGGUGGGAAUCCCUGGCAACCUGAUCACUGUCAUCUCCCUGGCUAGAUAUAAAAAGGUACGCAACGCUACAGCAAUAUUCAUCAUCAACCUGUCUUUCUGCGACUUUCUCUACUGCUGCAUCAACCUCCCCAUGUCUGCGACCACCUUCUGGACGAGGACCUGGCCUUAUGGAGGCUUCAUGUGUCAGUUCUUCCCCUUCAUGAGAUUUGCCUUGGCUGGAGUGUCUAUCUUCACCAUCGUUGCCAUCACCAUCAACAGAUACAUUAUGGUAUCUCAUCCUCAGUUAUAUACUAAAAUAUAUACAUCGAGGAAUCUCGGCAUCAUAGUGGCGACCACGUGGCUCCUCUCCUUUGCACUAUUGACACCAAUUUGGACCGAAUCCUGGGGCAGGUUUGGAAUGGAUCCAACCAGUUUCUGUGUCGUUCUACCGGACCACAACGGCAACAGUCCCAAAAAAUUCCUCUUUGUGUUUGCAUUUGUAUUACCUUUUAUUACUAUAAGCUUCUGCUAUGCUAGAAUAUUCUACAUCGUUAGAAAAACUACUGCAAAAUCCCGUGGAAAUAUUCGUAAAAGACACCAACCCGAUAAGGAUGAUUCCUCUAUAGCAACUUCCUCUCCGGAUAGUGAUAUCACAAGCAACCAACAGCCAAUUUCUCCGGAAAAUCCCCCAGAACAUCCAAGAGUACAAUCUUUACGAGCUCCACUCAGCGUGAUCAUUUCAGUUCCCGAUGAAAGAUCUUCUAGAUCAAAAAACAGUAUAAUAAACAUCGGGAAAACUAUUAACUUAAGAAAAUCACAACUAUUAGACAAAGCUGCUCCAACAUCAAAAGACAAGAGACUACUGACAAUGAUUACAGCGAUCAUGGUCACAUUCUUUAUAUGCUACACACCUAUCACAAUAAUACAGGUGUUCCAAGAUGUAUCGAAACCAACUCCUACAGCAGUUAUCUGGAGCUAUAUACUGCGAUAUUUAACAUCAUGUUCAAAUCCUAUAAUUUACGUGUUGUUAUCCAAGGAAUACAGAAAAGCGUACAGAAAGAUGCUGGUUCUGCCGUCCUGCAAAAACAAAUCGUGUGACUGCUGGAGAUAAUGCAGACGUAGCACAAGGCGAUAAGGAAGCGCCGAGGAGUGAUUUUCUGGUAAAUGCGCAGAGUUCCUUCCCAAAACGAGGGCAAUUGUUUCAGUGUACAUUUACCUUAUGCCUAUGAAUGUAAAGGUGUUAUUCUGGAAUUUUCCAACGUGAGUGAGAACCGUCCGUGCUAGUGUAUGAUAAAUUGAGAUGUUGAGCGAACGUAACGAUCGAUGGUCAUUUAAGCAGAGUGUAUUUGAAAGUGGGAAUAAUGUUUGUUAAGUGGAAUAAAUAAUUCACUAUAAUUUACUUAGAUGUUUAUCGACAAAAUGAGUCAUUGUACAUAUUUAUUUUCAUCAUAACUUUUUGCAAAUUUCUUUGGUAAGUGGCAAUAUAACAGGAAAUAUCAGUAAAAUUGGUUACUGCUGGAAUCAAUCUGUGGGUUUUACCGACGUGUUGAAGAGUGUGGGAAAAGGAAAUAUUGGUUGAAUGACGCCACUUGUUUUGAACGUCUUCUUACAAGUAGGCACGCACGUCAGUCGUAAGUACUUACAUGUAGUCUAACUGUAAAUUUAUACUGUGUAUUUCAUUCAAAACAUUUUUAUCCCACCAUUCUCCUACAAUAUUCUUAUCUCGAAAAAAUUACCGCUCGAUCAAGAUUUACCCAGUCGAGUAAAAUCAAUGUUCAUCAUGGAAAUAUUUUUGAAAGUAUUCCUUAUAAUUUUGUGUACAGAACCUAUUUGACAUUUCACAUAUUUUACGCAUGCUAACAUUCCACAAUAGUAAUGACUUAAAUGAGCAUAAAGCCUAUACUUUUUGCUCCUUGAUUGAUAGUAAGGCGUAUUAGAAGAUUUUAGGGUUGUACAAUAAUGGUAGAACUUAAGUUAUCGUGUUACGUGUGUUUUCAUAGGCGAUCGUAGUGAUCUAUUGUCGUAAUGUUGGUUAGAGACAUAAUUAUAGUAAUAUUGUUAUAAAGUUACAUUGGAAGCCACUAUGAAUAUAUGCUCGCGUCAAAAUAAUACAGCAACUAUAAAGUGUUGAGUAUCAAAAAAUGAUAAGUAGAUAUUUAUUCAAAAUUAAAUUGACAAAAAUUGUAUUUAGUAGGUACGAUGUGUACAAUAUCAAUGUGUGAUACUAAUGUAAAUUAGAAUGAUGUCAAAGACAUACAAAGGGUUUCAAUCGAUUUGAUACGUCUAGGUGCUGAGUAAUCGAGAACAUAGAAAUUAAUAAUUUGAAUUUGAAAAAAGGAACAAACACACAACAUUGUAAUUUAUAAAGAAGACACCAAAGAUUCGUUUUAGUAACCUGCCUUAUUUUCAAUAAAAUAAUCUAUUAUCAAGAAAAAAUAUGAUUAUUUUGUUUUAUAAUAAUAUUAAUCGUCGUAUGUCUAUGUAAGAAAAGCCUAGGAGGCCAUUAAAAAUGUUAAAAUAGCUUCUAAUUAUAAAAUAAAAGUUGGAGGAGCACAAAAACAGUCUCAGUUUUGUAAAAUGUAAGGAUUUAUUGUAAUAGAUAUUAAAAGUAUUUAAAAUAAAUAUUUUAUACGAUUUGUAAAUUAAGAACGGAGCCCUAGGAAUACCUAUUAUCAAAAAUAUUGUAAUUAAAAAUAAUGUAUUUAUUUCUCACAUAAAGUCAUAAAACGAUACCAAAUACUUGUUAAUUAUAUUUAUGUUUUCGUAGCAAUUACCUAUUUAUUUAUGGUUUAUUGCUUAAAGUUAUAAAAUUAAGUUAUAAAUAAUGAACCAUGGGUAUUUGCCCUCACUAGAAGUGAAUAUAUUAUAAAUCCAACAUUCAUAUCGUUCAGAUGGAUUGAGUCACAAAAUUAUCCGUAUGAAGGAGUGAGAGAUUCAGAACGGCAAAUAAACACCUAAAAUAUUAUUACUGCAGCGAAUUUGACUUCAAAAUUACGAAGGAACCGAGAACUAUGAAUAAUUUAAUUGAAAUGUAAAAUUUGGAUUGUACAAAUUUAAUUUUAGAUGUAUUAUUAUGCAAUAAAUCAUGUAAUAAUGUUAUAAGUACUUAUAUGUGUCAAUAUGGCUUUGAUAUUUUCCUCGUUACGUUAUUCUGGUAUGACGACAGUAUUAUAGAAUACUGAUAAUGACAAAAAUGUAUACUUUAUGUCUGUCUAUCACCAAAAUAGAUACCAAAGACCAAUUACCUGGGGCCACGGAACCCUAAGCCAUUGUACUUACCAAAGAUGUAAUUAAAAAUAAAUUAAAAUGUUUAAAUACG